CAAAACGAGCUACGUGUCAGGAAAAGAAGAACCUGCUAAAUGGGCGAAGGCGAUCAGGCCGCCUGAGCUCACCUGUUUGGAAUAUUUUCACCUGUUUUAAUAUUUCUUCUUGGAGUUAUUUUUACUUAAUCAUAAAAAACACAACUUGGAGUAUUAUAAAGCGACGAUGUUAACGAAAUUUGAGACGAAGUCGGCCCGUGUUAAAGGCCUGAGUUUCCAUCCUAAGAGGCCAUGGGUUCUUGCAAGUUUGCACAACGGAGUGAUCCAGCUGUGGGACUAUCGAAUGUGCACAUUGAUAGACAAGUUCGACGAGCACGAUGGCCCUGUCAGAGGAAUUGAUUUCCAUAAACAGCAGCCUCUGUUUGUGUCCGGAGGAGAUGACUACAAGAUCAAGGUGUGGAACUACAAGCUGAGACGCUGCCUCUUCACCCUCCUUGGACAUCUGGACUACAUUAGAACCACCUUCUUCCAUCAUGAGUAUCCCUGGAUUCUGAGUGCCUCAGAUGAUCAGACUAUUCGGAUCUGGAACUGGCAGUCCAGGACUUGUGUCUGCGUGCUGACCGGCCACAACCACUACGUGAUGUGUGCUCAGUUCCACCCAUCCGAGGACCUGGUGGUGUCAGCCAGUCUGGAUCAGACCGUGCGAGUGUGGGAUAUUUCUGGUUUGAGGAAGAAGAACUUGUCUCCUGGCGCUGUGGAGACUGAGGUGCGGGGCAUCUCUGGCGUCGACUUAUUCGGUGUCUCGGAUGCUGUUGUGAAGCACGUCCUCGAGGGUCACGACCGUGGGGUCAACUGGGCUGCCUUCCAUCCCAGCAUGCCCCUCAUUGUGUCUGGAGCCGACGACAGGCAGGUCAAGAUCUGGAGAAUGAACGAAUCUAAGGCAUGGGAACUGGAUACAUGCCGCGGUCACUACAACAAUGUGUCCUGUGCCGUCUUCCACCCGCGCCAGGAGCUCAUUCUGUCCAACUCUGAGGACAAGAGCAUCAGAGUGUGGGACAUGUCCAAGAGGACUGGGGUGCAGACCUUCCGUCGGGACCACGACCGCUUCUGGGUGCUGGGGGCUCACCCAAAUCUCAACCUGUUUGCUGCUGGUCACGACAGCGGCAUGAUUGUAUUCAAGUUGGAGCGUGAGCGUCCAGCGUAUGCCGUGCACGGUAACAUGCUGUACUACGUCAAGGAUCGCUUCCUCCGCCAGCUGGACUUCAACAGCAGCAAGGACACGGCUGUCAUGCAGCUUCGCAGUGGGUCCAAGUUCCCGGUGUUCAGCAUGUCGUACAAUCCUGCAGAGAAUGCCGUCCUGCUCUGCACUAGGGCGACCAACCUGGAGAACAGCACCUAUGACCUGUACUCUAUCCCCAAAGAGAGCGACUCUCAGAACCCUGAUGCACCGGAGGGGAAGAGGUCUUCUGGUCUGACUGCAGUGUGGGUGGCUAGGAACAGAUUUGCCGUCUUGGACCGCAUGCACUCAUUGCUGAUCAAGAACCUGAAGAAUGAAAUUGUGAAGAAGGUCCAGGUCCCGAGCUGCGAGGAGAUUUUCUACGCCGGCACCGGUUCUCUGCUGCUGCGUGAUGCCGACGGCGUCACGUUGUUUGACGUGCAGCAGAAACGCUCCCUUGCUACCGUCAAGAUCGCAAAGGUCAAGUACGUGGUGUGGAGCGCCGACACCAGCCACGUGGCUCUGCUGGCUAAACACGCCAUCAUGAUCUGCAACCGUAAGCUGGAGAGUCUCUGCAACAUUCAUGAGAACAUCAGAGUGAAGAGUGGGGCCUGGGAUGAGAGCGGCGUCUUCAUCUACACCACCUCCAACCACAUCAAAUACGCCCUCACCUCUGGUGAUCACGGCAUCAUCAGGACCCUGGACCUGCCAAUCUAUGUGACCCGUGUGAGAGGAAACAGUGUUUACUGCCUGGACAGAGAGUGCAGGCCACGAGUCCUCACCAUCGACCCCACGGAGUACCGCUUCAAACUGGCCCUGGUCAACCGCAAAUAUGAUGAGGUUCUCCACAUGGUGCGUAAUGCUAAGCUGGUGGGCCAGUCCAUCAUUGCCUACCUGCAGAAGAAGGGCUACCCUGAGGUGGCUCUGCACUUUGUCAAAGAUGAGAAGACUCGCUUCAGUCUGGCUCUGGAGUGUGGAAACAUCGAGGUGGCUCUGGAGGCAGCCAAGGCCCUGGACGAGCGAAGCUGCUGGGAGCGUUUGGGUGAGGCAGCGCUGCUGCAGGGACACCACCAGGUCGUAGAGAUGUGCUACCAAAGGACCAAGAACUUUGACAAGCUCACCUUCCUCUACCUGAUCACUGGAAACCUGGCCAAACUGCGCAAGAUGAUGAAGAUUGCUGAGAUCAGGAAGGACAUGAGCGGUCACUACCAGGCAGCUCUCUACCUCGGAGAUGUCAGUGAGAGGGUCCGCAUCUUGAAGAACUGUGGACAGAAGUCUCUGGCCUUCCUGACUGCAGCCACUCAUGGACUGGAUGAAGAGGCCGAGGCGCUGAAGGAGACCUUUGACCCUGAAAAGGAGACGGUGCCGGAGGUUGAUCCCAAUGCGCAGCUGCUGCAGCCGCCUCCUCCCAUCAACCCUCUGGACACCAAUUGGCCUCUGCUCACUGUCUCAAAGGGUUUCUUUGAGGGAGCCAUUGCAGCAAAGGGUAAGGCCGGUCAGAUGGCCGCAGACCUGGACAUGGAGGCUCCAGGAGGAGAGGGCUGGGGAGAUGAUGCUGAGCUUCAGCUGGAUGAAGAUGGUUUCAUGGAUGCUCAGGAAGGAUUAGGGGAGGAAGGAGUCGGAAAAGAGGAAGGAGGAGGCUGGGAGGUGGAGGAGGACUUGGACCUUCCUCCUGAGCUGGAUGUGCCGGCUGCAGGCGGAGGAGCAGAAGAUGGCUUCUUCGUUCCACCCACUAAGGGCAUGAGUCCCACGCAGAUGUGGUGCAACAACUCCCAGCUGCCUGUGGAUCACAUCCUGGCUGGCUCAUUCGAAACUGCUAUGAGACUGCUCCAUGACCAGGUGGGAGUGGUAAGCUUUGGCCCCUACAAGUCUCUCUUCAUGCAGACUCUGUCUCGAGGCCGUACCUGCUACCUGGGGCUGCCUUCCCUGCCUUGCCUGCGUGGUCAUCCUCAGAGGAACUGGAAGGACUGUGGUGCAAAGCAAGGAAUGCCAGCUGUGGGCUUGCGCCUCUCCGACCUCAUCGCUCGCCUGCAGCAGUGCUACCAAAUGACCACAUCCGGGCGCUUUGAGGAAGCUGUGGAGCGCUUCAGAGCCAUCCUUCUGUCUGUGCCUCUGCUGGUGGUUGAUAACAAGCAGGAGAUUGCAGAGGCUCAGCAGCUGAUUACGAUCUGCAGAGAGUAUAUAGUGGGUCUGACCAUGGAGACGGAGAGGAAGAAGUUGCCUAAGGACACUUUGGAUCAGCAGAAGAGGCUGUGUGAGAUGGCUGCCUACUUCACCCAUUGUAAUCUCCAGCCGGUCCACAUGGUGCUGGUGCUGCGGACAGCUCUGAACCUCUUCUUCAAGCUGCGUAACUUCAAGACUGCUGCAAACUUUGCACGACGCCUGCUCGAGCUGGGACCAAAGCCAGAUGUUGCACAGCAGACCCGUAAGAUUUUGGCAGCCUGUGAGAAGACCCUGACAGACGCCCACCAGUUGAACUACGAUCCCCACAAUCCAUUUGACCUGUGCGCUGCCUCCUUUGUUCCUUUGUACCGUGGACGUCCUGUUGAGAAGUGUCCUCUCUCUGGAGCCUGCUACUGUCCUACAUACAAAGGCCAAAUCUGCAGGGUCACACAGGCGACUGAGAUCGGUAAGGACGUCAUCGGUCUGCGUGUGAGUCCACUUCAGUUCCGCUGAGAAGAAGCGGAGACAAACAGAAGAGAAUUCUCUUUUCAAACACAUCCACACUCACUCUGUAGAAACAACAGUUAUUAAAAUGAUGAAUAAAAGCAGAGGUAUAUACAGUAUGUUUCGCUCACAAUGAUGUUAAAUUACUAAAUACUUUUAACUCUUAUUUCAUGCAUCACUUAUCCUGCUAAAAGCUUUCUCUUGUACUGUGUCAUCUCUGUCCUGUAGCUGUAGUAGAGCUGUAAACCUCGCUGAUGUUUCCUUUCUGGCUUGUUUGAUGAUAAAUUAAAUGUGAGCAGUAUUGCUCUAUGUAUCUGGGUGACAAAGACAAUAAAGAUGCCUGUUUAUCAAUGAAAA